AUGAUCUCGGACGCGGACUUGAUGAAGGAAUUUGUGACCGCAUUCGGCGUCCCCACCCUGCCCAAGCCCAACCUUCUGGCCUACAUGUCCGAAGCGGGCCGUAAAAAGCUUCCCCAACGCGACGUCUGCGAGAUGUUGUUGAACAUCCCGGCACGGAGGCCUGUCAGCCCGGUCCCACCCCUCUCACCGGCCCCAUUGCUGCAAGUCACCGAUCCCAGAGCCAUGAUGAAGCCGCCCGCACCGAUCGCACCCAGCGCAACCUCGGCUUCCCUUCAGAAUCGACCCAAUUCUCCGCAUAUGACAUCCGCAAAUGACUCGAUGUAUUUCUCGCAGCAAGUCCCCUCAAAUCCGUCGCCAAUCCCCCAGCAAAUCCCAUCGAAUUUCGGCCAAUUCCAAGGACCUUCGGACCCCAUAAGGAGACGGCAAAAUUUCAACCCGACUCCCCCACAAAUUCAACGAGAAGGAGCUUGGCAACACCCCAACACAACGUCGGCAUGGGGCCCUCAGCCCACCAAUUGGCAACAAACCAACUACGGACAACCCCCAAAACUCAAUCAUUAUGUAAAUUGUUAA